CCAGCAACCAAAAUAAAAAACAAUACUACAAGCAUCUAGGUUUGGCUGUAGAUUUCGAUAGAAAGAUAUGAAGUCGUUGCCAAAAUCUCCAUCUUAUACAUUACUUGCCUUUUGCUUUUGGUGCAUACACCUCUUGUGUUCGGUAGAGCGAUCCACAGCUCAGACUACAGAUCCAUCUGAAGCGGCUACUCUAAACUCCAUAUUUCAGCAGUGGAACAUUUCUGCAACAUCUGAUUGGAAUAUAAGUGGGGAACUGUGUAGCGGGGUUGCCCUUACGGGAAGCGGCAAUGUGAACCUUGGGAUCGAAUGCCUAUGCACUUUCAACAAUGGAUCCACCUGUCGCAUAACGAGACUGAGAGUCGUUAUGCAGAAUGUAACAGGUCACAUUCCGGAAACCAUCGGGAAUCUGACUCACCUCAACUACCUGGAAUUGGGUGGAAACUAUUUAACAGGUUCCUUGCCUUCAUCUAUCGGCAACUUAAGGUCCAUGCAGUACAUGAGUGUUAGUACUAAUUUGUUGUCUGGAAGCAUCCCAAAGGAACUUGGAAAUCUUAGAAAUCUAACCGAGUUGCAAUUGGGUACUAAUUCUUUUAGUGGCUCACUCCCUCAAGAGAUGGGGAGUUUGGUAAAUCUGAAAGUCAUUAACAUGGACAGUAUUGGUGUGAGUGGUCCAAUUCCUUCAACAUUUGCCAAUCUAGUAAACUUGGAGAGACUGUGGGCCUUUGAUAAUGAGCUCAAUGGCACGAUACCUGACUUCAUUGGGAAUUGGACCCAGCUUAAAAUUUUGAGACUGCAUGGAAAUGCUUUCCAGGGUCCGAUACCUUCCAGUCUUUCCAGUUUAGCAUCUCUAACUGUUUUGCAAAUUGGUGAAAUAACGAGCAGAAGCUCAUCUUUGGCAUUUAUCAAGGGAAUGAGGAACUUAACCACUUUAAUCGUGAGAAACAGUAAGAUUUCAGAUAGAAUUCCAUUCGACAUUGGAGAGUACCGAUCAUUAUGGCAUCUGGAUUUGAGCUUUAACAAUUUAACUGGUGAAAUUCCAAGCUCGCUCUUCAGUAUGAAUUCCCUUUCUUCCUUGUUUCUCGGAAACAAUAGCCUGUUUGGUAACCUUCCUUCUAAUAAAAGCUCAUCGCUCCAGUACAUAGAUUUAUCAUACAAUCAAUUAUCAGGAAGCCUUCCCUCUUGGAUUACACAAGGAUUGCAACUGAACUUGGUAGCUAACAACUUCGACAUCGAUAGGAAUAAUAACAGUGCUUUACCUUCAGGGUGGAAUUGUCUUCAACGGGACUUUUCAUGCUAUCAAGGUUCUCUAACAGAUUCUUCAUUUGCAAUAAAUUGCGGCGGUGAUGAGUACACAUCGGGAGAUGGAAUGUCGUAUGAUAGUGAUGUCAAUGAUCUCGGUAUAGCAUCAUAUUAUCUGGUCAACACGACCAGGUUGGCCGUCAGUAAUGUUGGGGUCCGUGAUAACCUCGAAACUGACAGAUACGCUACAAACUCUCUAUCUCAGUUUAUGAAUACUUCGGACCCAAACCUGUUUCGGACAACAAGGACAUCACAAGGAUCGCUUAGAUACUACAAGCUUGGGCUUGUGAACGGACAGUAUAAAGUGACUCUGCAAUUCGCUGAGAUACAACUUGAAUAUGGGAUUAUUCUGAAUGGCUUGGGAAGGCGUGUAUUCGACAUUUUUAUCCAGGGUAAUCUCCAAUUGAAAGAUUUUGAUAUAAAAAAGGAGGCAGGUGGAGUGACUAAUAGUGUAGUUUUGAAGACUUUCAAGGUUAAUGUAUCCAAGAAUUUCAUUGAAAUCCAUCUCUUUAGGGCUGGAAAAGGGACAGGGUCAGUUGGGCCAUCCAUUUCGGCCAUCAACGUCACUCCAGAUUUCCCACCAACUUUUAGUAAGCGUGCGCUAACUUCUUGGGGAAAGAAGAACAAGAUUGGUUUGAUUGUUGGGAUUAUAGUUGGUGCUGUUGCUCUGAGUUUUAUAUCCAUUUCCGCAAUAUUUAUUUGGAAACAAAGGAGCAAAGGCAUCCACGAAGAUUUCUCAAAGCUUCUGGAGAUGGGUGCCAACCCAAACACUUUUAGUUAUUCCGAACUGAGGACUGCUACAGGAAAUUUCAGUCUGGAAAAUAAGUUGGGAGCAGGAGGAUUUGGGGCUGUUUAUAAGGGUACGCUUUCAGAUGGAAGGACAGUAGCUGCGAAAAAACUCUCAGUGGCAUCUCAUCAUGGAAAGAGUCAGUUUGUAACAGAGAUUGUUACCAUAUCAGCAGUGCAACACCGGAACCUUGUGAAGUUGUAUGGAUGCUGCAUCGAGGGAGAUGAGCAGAUUCUGGUUUACGAGUAUCUCGAAAACAAGAGCCUUGAUCAUGCACUCUACGGUGACCGUAAGUUGCAUCUAAAUUGGCCCACCCGCUACGGUAUUUGCUUGAGUACGGCACGAGGCCUCACUUAUCUCCAUGAGGAGUCGAGGCUCCGAAUCAUACAUAGAGAUGUCAAGGCCAGUAAUAUUUUGCUUGAUGCUGAUCUCAAUCCCAAGAUUUCAGAUUUUGGUUUGGCCAAACUAUAUGAUGAUAAGAAGACACACAUCAGCACACGGGUUGCAGGGACAAUUGGGUAUCUUGCACCGGAGUAUGCCAUGCGUGGGCAUCUGACAGAAAAGGCUGACGUGUUCGGAUUUGGGGUCGUCGCACUUGAGAUUCUCAGCGGAAGGCCAAAUACAGAUACAAGCUUGGAUCAAGAUAAGAUAUAUCUCCUCGAAUGGGCUUGGACUCUACACGAAGCUAACCGUCCAUUGGAACUGAUCGAUCCGACGUUGUCCGAAUUUGACAAAGGAGAAGCACUAAGAAUGAUUGGAGUAGCUCUUUUGUGCACUCAAACAUCUCCGGUGCUACGCCCACCAAUGUCCCGUGUGGUGGCCAUGCUCUCAGGCGACGUUGAAGUAAGCAGUGUCACAUCACGGCCCAGCUACUUGACUUUGUGGCAAUUCGAUGAAUUAACCAACUCCCUGAGCGACAAUAUGUCGAGGAUCUAUGGAAAUAACAAUGGAAGGCCCAUGUGACACGUCGAACAAUUCGAGUUGGUCUACUCCUGCAGAACACUCGCCUCUGCCCACUCAACCAUUUUUGCAAGAGAUCACUAGAGAAAGACAGGGCUGAUGGACUUUCUAAGCAGUGCAUGCAUUUCUUCAAGUUAUCCUCUCACUGCUAUGAAUCUUUGUUUAUAUCUUUUAUUUGGAUGUUGAAUGAAUCUUAUCAGGCAGUAUGUGUAUGUGUCAUAGUUCGAAACGCUGAAAACUCGACUCGACCCGAUGUCCUGCUGGGUCGGGAUGACUCUAAGACUCAGUUGAAUCUUAAAUUAAGAUAGUAUUAAAUGUUUUUCAUUAUUAAACAAUACAAGUAUCCAAAGAAAAUUGCAAGUGCA